GUUUGUUCACAGAUGCUGCCAGGACAGAGAGACUGUGAAGAAGGAAGGACACUGCCUGAGCAGAAGGAGCAUAUUCUUGGGAAAUAGGGCCGCUGCCUACCAUACCAAGCUUAGACCUCCAUCUGCAAGCCAGCCCAGCCUUUCAGACAAAGAGCAGGACCUAAAAACUCCUUCGUCAUGAACUGGCACAUGAUCAUGUCUGGGCUUAUUGUAGUAGUCCUUAAAGUUGUUGGAAUGACCUUAUUUCUGUUGCAUUUCUCACAGAUUUUUGGGAGCAACUCCCCAAGUCCCAUCAGCUUCGUUCCCACAAGGAGCUAUGGAACAGUCUGCCCCAAAGGUUGGGAUCUUCAUCAAGGAAGAUGCUUUUUCUUAUCCUCCUUUGAAUUGUCUUGGAAUAAAAGCAGGGACUCUUGUGAAGCAGAAGGAUCCACUUUGGCCAUUGUCAACACUCCAGAGAAACUGAAGUUUCUUCAAGUCAUAACUGGAGCUGAGAAGUAUUUUAUUGGCUUAAUGUAUCAGCAGGCAGAGAAAAGGUGGCGUUGGAUCAACAAUGCUGUGUUCAAUGGCAAUGUUACCAAUCAGAAUCAGAAUUUCAACUGUGUGACCAUCGGCCUCACAAAGACAUUUGAUGCCGCAUCAUGUGACAUCAACUACCGUUGGAUCUGCGAGAAGAAUGCCAAAUGAUCACAGUUCUUUGUGGCAAGAACAAAUAUAUAUGAAGACAGCAAAAUUAGGACAAGUCUGGGAAAUACAAACAUCAGUUUUCCACAGGUUACUGGCAGAGCUCCAAAACAAAUAUUCUGGGUGAAUACACCACCCUGCUCUAACAUUCACAAAAUGCAGGCAAAGAGCCAGCAAUUACACGAGACCACAUUUCCUGGGAGAGUCACACCUGCGAAAUUUUUUUAAUUUAUUUAUUAUUAUCAUAAUCUUGGUUAUACCUGCGAAUAUUUUUGUACACAGUUUGUCUGGUCAGCAAUUUCUUUACCUAUAUGUCCACCAAUAGAGGCCAUUGCCUAUUUGGGAAGAUUAUCUUCUGUAUUCUGCAUCAGGGGAUUGCAUGAUACCAUCUUCAAGAGACAGUAAGCUUUAUGGAGACAACUCAGUUCAUAAAUGGAUGAGGUCCAUUUCAGGAGAACUUAGCAUUCCUGAACUUAACAUUCCUGACCAACAACAUAAGGCCUCUUGACAGAGUUUGACUUGUUUAUAUACCACUUGACCAUACUACCAGGAAGAAAUGGCACACCGAGCAGGUGUGAUUAUUUACAGAGUUCCCUGAGCAGAGGAGGGACAAAUUCAGCUGCCUGACCUCAACAUGCUCUCAAGAAACCCGCAUUGAUAUGUCCACCUUCAUGUUUGGAAAAGCGGAGUCCCUCCUCAGUCUGAAUUAAGGCCAGGGCAAGGAGAGGCUCCUAGAGUUCAGCUUGGAGUAGAUAGAGCACUGUUUAUAGGAUGGAGAAGGGUCUGGACAGGGCAGGAACCUGCUCAGAGACCCCUUUGAAGAAAACCAGUCAGAAAGGGACUUAAAGUUUCUUGUGUUGGUCUGACACUCCAUUAUAGCAUAUAUAACUCUUUGCAACAAAAAUUCAAGUAAGCAGAUUCCCUUUGCUUUGCAGGUUUUAAUUACUUGACCACAUAUAUGAAUAUGUUUUAAGAAUUUGGAAUAAUCUCUUAAGCACUGAUGGUCAAAAUAUCUUUCUCCAUGGCAUUCUAGAGAGGUCCCACUGACAGGCACAGCCUGCUGACCAAAGAAGCUCUGUACUGGUUGGCAUCACCUUGAUAUAGGACUGCUCCAACUAACCAAGGAGUAGAAAAA